ACUUUUAUUGCAGGUUGUUGUAGCCAAUUUAGGUGUUUGUUUGUGUGGUUAUUUUAUUGUAGAAGUUCUCAUACGCUUUUAUUGUGAAAAAUUAAAGUCCCCGGAAGAUUAGAGUGCACUGAUCAUAAAAGAGUUCUGAUAACACAUAUGGACAGAGCAUGGAUGUAUAACAUUGUUAUUAAACGGCUCUGUGAGACCGAGAAGUUCUGAACUACAAUUGACAUUUCUACUAGGCCUACAUAGCGACUGUUUACAUAGUCUGGAGCCACUUUUUGUACUUUUGUAUGCAAUGGCGACUUGUGACGACGUGCGGGCAAAUGUGCAGAAGUACUAUGGCAGUCGACUGGAGUCCUCUGGGGAUUUGCAAACAAGUGCUGCCUCCUGCAGUUUGUCUUGCCGCCCAGUGCCAAGAAGUGUCACAGAUGCACUGAGCCAGGUUCACCCGGAGGUCACCAAAAGAUUCUUCGGCUGUGGCCUUCCCUUUCCAGCGAAGCUUGAGGGCUGCAGAGUCCUGGACCUCGGCAGCGGCUCUGGCAGAGACGUUUAUGCCUUCAGUAAACUCGUUGGACAGAGCGGACUUGUCACAGGGAUCGAUAUGACCGAGGAACUAAUCACAGCGUCUCGUCAGUACAUCGUGUAUCAUCAAAAGAAGUUUGGCUAUGAGAAGCCCAACGUCACAUUUAUCCAGGGGUACAUGGAGAAGCUCAGUGAAGCUGGCAUACAGAGUGACUCAGUGGAUGUUGUGCUAUCCAACUGUGUAAUCUGUUUGUGUCCUGAUAAAAGGGCCGUUCUACAGCAAGCUUACAACGUCCUUAAGGAGGGAGGUGAACUGUUUUUCAGUGACAUGUAUGCCAGCAAAGUCGUUCCAGAUCACAUGAAGGAAGAUACAGUCCUGUGGGGUGAAGGAAUGGGCGGUUCUCUGUUUUGGCAGGAUCUCAUUUCAUUGGCACACAGCGUAGGUUUCAGCACUCCACACCUUGUUUCAGCAAGCCAGAUUGAAAUCUACAACAGUGAGCUCAAAGCAAAAGCAGGUGACGUCAGCUAUGCUUCGGGCACUUAUCGGCUCUUUAAACUGCCCCAAAAUCAAGUCAUGUCUGAGGCAUUAGUGACAUAUAAAGGAACUGUGGCAGAUUUCCUAGAUCAGCUGGACUUUGAUUCCUCCCACUGCUUCAAGAAAGAUGUGGCAGUGGAGGUAAAUGGAGAGAUGGCAGCAAUCCUCCAGAGAUCCCGUUUCUUUCCGGAUUUCAAAAUCCAGAUAUUGGAUAAACCACGGUCCAGCUCAGAAUCAACACCACAGAACUGCCACCUCAACCCUUUUCUCCUGGCUGACAAACUGGGAUGCUCAGUGAGACAAAGCUCCAAAACAAGCAAAUAAAGAUGAAGCUGAAUCCUGAGGAAUCCUUCCUGAAGACUAAGUAGAACCGCCGCAAUGAGAUUGUAACACGUUUUUAGAGUUCAAUUCGUUGAAGUCCAAAACAUUAAAGACUAAUCAUUUUAUGUGCUAGUUGUCAUGUACUUCUGUGUUCACAGUUGUUGACAAGAUGAUGCUGUCACAAUAAUAUGAUAGUAAGUGUCCAGAUAGUAAAAUAACAUUUUAUGUAAUUGUUGUAACUUUCUAUGUUUCACCCUACUUCAGUAACGUCCAACUGAAUGGACAAGACGAAGGUUCUGUGUAAAAGUGAUCAUAACAGCAUCUUGCCAGUGUUAAUGAUU